GAACGUUUCGUUUUUCGUAUAUACAUGUAUUCAUGUGAGGCAUAUUUUCAACAAUUUCACAUUACAGGUUUAUUCUUAAAGUGAACAUACAAUACCGUCAAAGAAUACUAUUAAAACUAUUUUCUUCAAAUUGUAACUAUUUUCAGUUGAAACGAUACAUGACAAGUAAAAACGAUCAUAUGAUAAUCAUACGGUGAAUCGUCAUUUACACCCGAACAACCGAAGUGGAUUUGAAUAUUCAAUUGCAACAAAUUUUAAACGGAAAUCAUUUACAAAUGGAAGUUAAUCUUGGCAAAAAUCAAAUCAAAAUGUGUUCUUACAGUAAAUGUGUUAAUUCAGACAUUGGAUUAGAAAAAUACUUUAGUUUUUUUAUGCAUUUUGAAUACAUUUGGUUUAAUAUUUUUUGGCGUUUUUAAUCAAAUAAAACAAUUAUGGAAGAACUGACUCCAUUUUAUGGAAAAUGCAACAAGGAGAGGUUGCCUAUGGUGACACUGUUCAUCGUUAUCGUCGAUGCAGUACUGCUGGUAACAUUAGGGUUAAAGAGUGAUGGCUGGUCGAAAGUUACCGAGGGAGACAUCAUAGUUAUCGUGGUGGUUUUAGUGUUUACCGUGUGUAUUCUGAUAGCAGAUAUUACCUACGUGGUGGCAAGAGUUCUGUUUUCACAGAAAAUGAGUGCAUACAUUGAAAAGUCAGAACUGACAGAAGAUUUUGAGUGUGUUAUAUGUUUGGAUGACUCCAACGAUCAUAUAGGAAAGUUAAAAUGUGGUCAUACAUUCCAUCAUGAGUGUAUAUAUGACUUUAUUACAAGAGAAGCAUUGAAUGACGCUGUACCAAGCUGUCCUUUAUGUCGCAGAACAAUGGAACGGUUUGGUGAUUGGAUUUGGAUCAUUAAUUGGAAACCUUGGAGAAAUCAAAGCGACAUGAAAGGGCUAGUAAGCACUGUCUGAAGAAGACUAAACGACGAGUUUUGCAAUUUCAAUUUUAUAUAGACAGCAGUUGAAAAUAUAUUCAUAAACAAUUAGCAUGAUAACAUAUGUGUUGCUUUCUUAUUUUCUUAUUCCUUUGUUCAAUUUUUUUUCAUUCAUAUUUUUGAAAUGCAGAAAACAUCAUUGGAAUCUCCUUUAUUAACCUUAUCAGUGUUGCUUAUAGCUUUAAUGUAUAAGGUAUGAACAUUUUCGUUAUAUCAAUUAUUUGUUAUGGAAUAAGGUAAUAUCUCUCAAAAAAAAUUUGAUUGAAAAAAGAUUGAAGACUAACUAAGAAAUCAUCUUCAUGAAACUAGAAAACUGGUCAGUUAUAAGCUUUACUCUAAGUCUCGUAGCCUUGAUUUAUGAUGUGCUUUGUCAUAAACAGACGGUACCUUACCUUAUUUUUGCAGACCACCAAAUAAAUAGCCUUAACUGCAGCUUUCCGUAAUAGACAAGAAAAAAACACAUUUUCAGUACAUGUUUUAAAAGUGCAUUCUUUAGCUUGUUUUGUGUCACGUCAAUUUUAUUUAGAACAAAUAGAAAACGAUAUCACAGCACAUUGUUCGUCACAGUUAAGUGACUAAGUUUGCAUCAUCUCAUAAAAUUAGGGCUUAUUAGGCCUUGUUCCAGCGUAUAAAAAGGAUUUUGUUUUCGUCAAAAGCUAGUACCUGUUUGCGGCUUUAAGAUGCAGUAUGCACUUAGUAAAAUUAUUUCAAGAUAUCCAUGUUAAAUACGAAAUCUACCAACUCUUACCAUAAAUUUUGUUCUAUUAAAAUAUACAGAGCUAGAUUCCCUGUAAAUGAGAUUUCCGUCAUUCCUACCGGCAUGCAGCGUUCUUCACCUAGAUACUGUGAAUUCAUUAUUAUUCGUUGGAUAUCAAUUUUAGUGGGUUUUGUUGGUACAGGUGAACCACGAAUAAAAAUGUUCACCAAUAACAUUUUAGAAAUAGGCCUUGUAUCUGCGAGUACUCUCAAAUCGUAUUUUCUUGUUAAUUCGACCUGUUGAUACUGUUUAUAAUGCUUUUUUGUUAUUUUUUAUUUAUAUGGAUCUUGUCUGUACACCAGCUUUGAUUAUUUGUAAUAUCUUCAAUUUUUCACUUAUUCUUACUACAUUUGUACAUUUGUAUAAACUUCAAGAUUAUAAUUAUUUUUUUUAAAACCGUUUUUUUUCUAAAGUGAAUAUUGAUCAAUAUUUUCGAAGGGUUAAAUAUUUCUCAGUGGUGUCCUGCCAUGGCUUUGUUUGAAUUUGUUUGUUAGCUUUUUGGUCAUGCAUGUUUGUCUCUAAUAUUUAAUUAACUGUGCAUUUGUAUUCAGAUAUCGCAGAUCAAAUAUAUUCGUUCAUAGUGUAAUCAUACGUUUUUUGAUUGAGUUAAGUCUGCCAAUUGAUAUUUUAUCGUGUGUUUUUCUAUGUUGUGAUGUUAUGCUAUUGUUUCAGAAAAAGGGAGAAGGUUUGGAUCCAUUAAAACGUUUACUCCCGCUGUAAAUGUUUGCACCUGUCCUAAUUCAGGAAUCUGAUGUACAGUAGUUGUCGUUAGUUUAUGUAAUAUAUACAUGUUUCUCGUUUCUCGUUUUUUUUAUAUAGAUUAGACCGUUGGUUUUUCCCGUUUGAAUGGUUUUACACUAGUAAUUUUGGGGCCCUUUAUAGCUUGUAGUUCGGUGUGAGCCAAGGCUCCGUGUUGAAGGCCGUACUUUAACCUAUAAUGGUUUACUUUUUAAAUUGUUAUUUGAAUGGAGAGUUGUCUCAUUGGCACUCACACCACAUCUUCCUAUAUCUACUUGUAUACAUAGCUUGUCAAACCACGAAAAUAAAUAUCUAUGAAUAUGCAUUUUUUCAGCAAUCCACGCAAAUUGAUACCUACGGAAAUAAAUGAAUCUAUAAAAAUGAUAUUUAUACCAAAAAGGAAUAUAAACAUUUUCACGCUUU